AUGGGUUUGCCGGAAUCUUACUCGGAAAACGAAGUUAUUGGCCGGUUUUCACCCACAAGUGAAGAAGAUUCCGAUUUUGACAGCCGGAGUCCCGAUUGCUCCGACGAGGAGGGAUUGAUAGAAAUAGAACUUCCGACAGGGAACUACGUUCACCAGAAACGAGAAGAAGAAAAAGAGCUGUGUUUUCAACAAUUCUUGCCGGACAUAUCACCGGCAUCGAUUUACCGGUGGUCGGAGAUGAAUGAGGAAGAGAAUCUGAUCGAAAUUGACAUAUCCAUGGGGUCCAUUAAGUGCACAAGAUUUUAA